GUACAGUCAGUAGAAUACUUUCAAAGUGAAUUGAUUUGUUGGUGUUAUUUUUAAAGUUUUUACAAGAAAAUUUGAUUUUUACCUAAAAGAAUAAACAGGAAAUUUCAAAGAAAACCUUUGAAUAUUGUUUUAAUAAUAAAACCCAGUGAAAUUCUAGCUUAAAUACAAAGCUUUCAUAGCUACAUUUUAAAUUUUAUAAACUUCACACAAAACAAAAUGACAGACAAGCCAAAACGUCCCCUUUCCGCCUACAUGAUCUGGCUUAAUUCAGCCCGCGAAGGUAUCAAGCGUGAGCACCCCGGCAUUAAAGUCACAGAAAUCGCCAAAAAAGGCGGUGAAAUGUGGCGUGGCAUGAAAGAUAAAUCCGAAUGGGAGGCAAAAGCAGCCAAGGCUAAGGAAAAUUAUGAAGAUGCUGUCAAAGAAUUCGAAGCCAAUGGUGGCAGUACAGCGAAUGGCGGCGGUGGUGGUGGCAAGAAACGAGGAAAGGCUGGCAAAAAAGUAGCGAAAAAGAGCAAGAAAGCAGAUUCCGAAGAAGAGGAAGAUGAUGAGAGCGAUUAAAUUAUAAAUAAAUAAGAAACACAAACUCAAAACAAAAACAACAACAAACAAAUUCUCACAAGCAGCGCGCGCAGCAAGUCAACAAAUUGUUAGAAAAGAAAAACAACAACCUUUAACAACCAAACCCCCCAUCAACAAAUUGUUAAAAAAUCUUUAACUCGUCGUAACUUUUGUUGCUGUUUAGUUGUUUAUUGUAUAUGUGGUAUAUUUUUUACUGCCAAACUUCCCACCAAAUUUGUAAAACUUAACAACAACCAACAUCAGAACAUGGAAAAUGAAGAAACAUCCAAAUACAAUAACAACGGCAGCCAAACUCUUAAUUGAUUAAUUUUAAGAUAUUCUUAAAAAUUACCUUUUUGGCCAACAAAAGCAUAUUCUUAUUAUAUUUCCAAGUUUAGUAUUAAAAAGAGGAUUUAUUUUAUGUAUUAUUAAUUUCUUUAAUCUUAUGCCACAAUAAUUAAUUUAUAUAAUGCUAAAAAAAAAGCACACAACAUUGUAAAUCUAAUAUUGGCCAUUUGAAACAAAACAAAUAUGAAAAUUCUAAACUAACCUCUUAUAAUUUGAACAAAAAAAUAUCGUUUUUUUCUUUUUCAACAUUUUUUUGUACAAAACAUAAAAAAUUAAUUUAAUUUUAAUUAAAACCUAAAAAAAACAAAAAAUAUAUUAAAAACAUCAAAAAACACUUAAACAAAAAUUUUCUUUUUUUAUUCCUGCAAGAAUUACAUAAAUUUUCUAAAUUUAGUUUAGUAUAGAUUCUUUCUUGAUCAAAAUAUUCAAAACCAUUCUGAAAAUAAGACCACAAAAGAAAAAAAACGUAAACCAAUCGAGUAAAACGCAGCUGCUUGUUUUUUUUAUAUAAAUUUAAACAUAAAUAAUAGGGUAUUUAAUAUUCUUUUUUUUUGUAUAGAAAAGAAGAAAAAAAGUUGUGUAAAAAACAAAACCUUAAAAAAAGAAAAGAAACAAAGUGUUGUUAUAUUCUAAUAUGUAAUCUCAUACAAGAAAUUAUUAGUUUUUAAUUUGUUUUGACUUGCAAAUCUUCUUCAUACAUAUGUCUCUUAAUACACCAACCACACACAAUUUAAGAAUUAAUACAAUUUUAAGUUUUAUUUCUACUUUCAUACGAUUUAUGUAUAGUUUAUAAUAAAUAGUAUAUGUAUUUCAUUUAACACACAAUUUUUAACUCGACUUGUAAGAUCUUUUUCCUCAAAAUGUCUUAGUAAUUCAUUUCAUUUAAUUUUUUUUUAUAAUUUGGUUUACUUUUUUCUUACGUUUUUAAUUAAAUUUAAUACACACAUGCAAACAAAACAAAGUCGUUUAGUCAUUGAAAAAAUUAUAAAUGUAUUAAUAUAAUAUUAACAAAUAAAAGAAUUAAUUAAAGCGAAGGAAAGAGAUAAAAAUUUAUAAAAUAAAUAAAAUACAAAAAAAAACAA